AAGAGUGCACUUCCAUUGCAAAGCCCCCAUCGCGCAUUCUAUUGCUCCGCCGCCUUUUCCCCUACGCUCCAUUCCGUAGCCUCCUUCUCCACUUCCUAACCGUCCCGCUCGAGCUAUCGUCUUCAUCGUCCUCCGAUCACUUCUCCGUCCAGGUCCUGCGUCGCGCAGUAUCCGUUCUCCAUCUCAAAUUCACUAUGGCUUCAAAGUUUCUACGAGAGUAUAAGUUGGUAGUGGUCGGCGGUGGUGGUGUUGGCAAGUCUUGCCUGACCAUCCAGCUCAUCCAAGCCCACUUCGUCGACGAAUACGAUCCGACGAUAGAAGAUUCCUACCGCAAGCAGUGCGUCAUCGACGAUGAAGUCUCACUUCUCGACAUCCUCGACACAGCCGGCCAGGAGGAGUACUCGGCGAUGCGAGAGCAAUACAUGCGCACGGGAGAAGGAUUCCUGCUCGUCUAUUCAAUAACCUCACGGCAAUCAUUCGAGGAGAUUAUGACCUUCCAGCAGCAGAUCCUACGCGUGAAGGAUAAGGACUACUUCCCGAUUAUCGUGGUGGGCAAUAAGUGUGAUUUGGAGGGUGAGCGGGAAGUCUCGACACAAGAGGGUGCCCAAUUGGCCCGACAGUUCGGCUGCCAAUUCAUCGAAACGUCCGCCAAGUCCCGCAAGAACGUGGAAGAGGCCUUCUAUGAGAUUGUCCGCGAGAUCCGCAGAUACAACAAGGAGAUGUCCAAGUACGGCUCCGGCGUGCCGACCGGCAACGGCCCGCAAAAGCUGGAGAUGGAUGGCCACGAUCAUAGGCGCAGGUGCGGUUGCUGCUCAGUAAUGUGAGGAGGACGGAGCGGAAUGAUGGGAGAUGGUUGUGGAGGGAAGUUGAAUACAGGAUGGAUGCAUCCGAUAGUCAAGAUGGGGGAACGGCGGGCAUAUGACACC